AUGCUGCACUUUGGAGGCCUGCAGGCGGAGACCCGGGCCGCGCGCUGGAACGAGGCCCUCCCGGACGAGGCGCUGAGCCUGCCGCUGGCGGCGGCGCCGGGGGGCAACGAGGAGCUGUGCGUGCCGCUGGGCCCGGGCGAGGCGGCAGCGCUGAAGGACAAGCGGUGCUGGUGCGGCGCGGGAACUGCACCUUCCAGCAGAAAGCAGAGGCAGUGUUCGGCGCCGGGGGGAGGGCCGUGGUGGUGUACAACAACGUCGCGCAGGACGGCUUCGUCAUACCCGUGGCCGCAGACGAGACACACCCGCCCCAGGCGGGUUCCUGCGAAGGACGGCCGGCGGUGGGCGGCGCGCCUGGCGGAGCUCCGCGGCGACGCCUCGGCCGCCCUGCUGCGGGUGCCGAGUCCGCGCUGCAGCGAGGCGGCCCGGGAGGUGGUGGACACGGCCGCGGGGGACGAUGCGGUGGGCUCCUUCUACGACGCCGGCAGGCUGGGCUGCGACGUCUGGAGAUCG